AGCUUCUGCUCCAACAUGCAAACGAUCCAUCACUCGCAGAUCGACGGUGUAGAACGCAAGCGACGCUCUAUUUACUCUACAAACGUAGGCCCCUCACCCUCACCCCCUCCUUCUAUAGCUCUCUCAAUAACCCGCUUAGUGCAUCGACACCAGCAUGACCAAGAAGGUGCUGUGCAUGAACCCUGGCCCCAUCGAGUUCGAGCCUCGUGUGCUGAAGCAGUUCGCCAUGGAGGGCAUCUCGCACGUGGACAAGACGGUGAUCGACGUCUUCGGCCAGUGUCUCGAGAAGAUGCGCAAGGUGUUCCUGGCUCCGGAUGGCCAGCCGCUCAUCGUGGCAGGCUCCGGUACGCUCGGAUGGGACAUGGUGGGCGCCAACCUCGUCAACAAGGGCGACGACGUGCUCAUCAUCAACAACGGAUACUUCGGUGACAACCUGGCGGAUUGUCUCGAGCGCUACGGAGCCAAGACGACGCACAUCCUUGGCAAGAUUGGCUCGCAGCCUUCAGUUGCAGAGCUGGAGAACGCUCUCAAAAGCGGCAAAAGUUUCAAACUGGUGACGAUCACGCACGUGGAUACAUCUACGGGUGUCCGUGCUCAUUUGAAGGAGUUUGCGGCUACUAUUCGCCGUAUCCAGCCCGAAGCUGUCAUUGUCGUGGACGGUGUGUGUGCCACCGGUGGCGAGGAGACUCGCAUGAAGCAGUGGGACCUGGAUGUGGUGCUCACGGGCUCUCAGAAGUGCUUCGGUGUUCCUGCUGGACUAAGCCUGAUGGUCAUCCGUCCACGUGCACUACAGCUCUUUGAGAAGAACACGUCGACGGUCAAAUAUUACGUGGACUGGCGUAACUGGCUGCCGAUUAUGAAGAACUACGAGGCUCGUCAGCCCAGUUACUUCGCUACUCCGUCGGUGAACCACUUAUUCGCACUUAACGAGGCGCUGGACAUUCUGCUCGAGAAUGGAGGCAUGGAGCAGCGAUUCAAGGAGCACAAACUCAUCGGAGAUGCUGUUAAAGAAGCGAUGAAGACACUGGGCUGCUCAUUGGUGACUGCAGAUGACUGUGGCGCCAACACGUUGACGUGUGUGCGUUAUCCGGCUGGUGUGGGGGCUGCUGACUUCCUUCCGAAGGUCGUGAAGCGUGGUGUGUCGCUUGCUGGCGGUCUCCACAAGGCCAUCAAGACGGAAUACUUCCGUAUUGGCCACAUGGGGCCCAGCACACGUCGUCUGGACCACAUCCUGAAGACUGUGGACGCCAUUGAGGGCGCCUUCAUCGAGUGCGGCCACAAGGUGGCGCAGCCUGGAAAGGCAGUCAAGGAGCUCAAGAAGAAACUGCAAUCGAUCAUCCCAGUGCAUCCAACAUGCGGCUAUGCGUCGGUCUACCACGGCUGCCCCGUGCCUCCCAAGUGCCAAGUGUACUCUAUUGGCACAGUGGUCAUCGCGUUUGCUGCUGGUCUCCUCAUCUCGCAGUUGAAGAGCAAGAUCUAGAUCACGUAAGUACUAGUAUGAGGGAAGGAGGCUGCAUAUGAUUGAAUGGAUGGACUUCACCAUGUUAACGUUGUUGCUCCGAUGGGCUACUCUACCGAAAAACACAAGCUGAAGUUCGCAUACUUAUGUUCACUUGAAACUCCAAACUCAAUAUGAUUAUCACUCUGCCAA